GUUGAAAAAUGCAAAUCAGAUAGAAGAAGAAAAGAGUGUAAAAGAGAGAGACAGACUCGAAAUCAAUCGGAAUCAGAAAAAUGAGCGGAGUUUCGACGGCGGCGUACUUUGCGCGGCGAGCGGCGCAGAAGGAGAAGGUUCGAAUUCUCUAUCGCCGUGCCCUUAAGGAUACUCUCAAUUGGGCUGUUCACCGCCAUAUUUUCUACCGAGAUGCUUCUGAUCUGCGCCAGAGGUUCAAUGAGAACCAAGAUGUGGAGGAUGUCGACAGAAUCGACAAACUGAUUGCUCGUGGUGAAGCAGAAUACGACAAAUUUAGGCACCCUGAUCCUUAUAUCGUUCCAUGGGCUCCUGGUGGCUCCAAGUUCUGUAGAAACCCGACUCCGCCUGCCGGGAUUGAGAUUGUGUACAACUAUGGUCUAGAAGACAACCCAUGAUCAACCUAGUUUGCUUCUUUUUUCAUACCCAUUCAAUAAAAUUGAAGAAGCAUCUGGUGCCUAUGGUUCAGCAGAUAAAGUUUAAAGACUUUCAAGGUUGAGACUUUGAGGGAACCGCAAUUGUAGUUUUCAAAGAUGUUUCUUUCGAGUAAGACAAAUCUUGUUUUGAGACUUGGUUUUAUAUAUCUCCAUCUAAACAAAAUAUUUCUGGUUGCUCUUUAGCUGCCAAGCAUGUCUUCAUGAAUCGUGGAUGUUUCCGACCAUGAAAACUUUUCAGGAAAACAAAAAAGAAAGUGUGUUCUCUUUACUUUGGCCGCAUAAUAAAUACUUGGAACUCAAAUCUAUCAGCUUUUUAACGUUUCUGGUUUAAUUCGAACAGGAUUUGUUCUCCCGUUACAGUCCUUUAGUCUCU